AUGGCGGGCGCCGUGGCACGCUUCGUUCUCUUCUUCUUUCAUGCCAUUCCCAGUCUCCUAUACUGGGUGAUCACCUUCACCACCAUCACCCUGCCGACGUGGCUGUUCACGCUCUUCUCAAUGAGCUUGACCUUCACCAUGAACUUCACCACGCUGCUCCUCAUCCUUCUGGCCCUGAUCUCGACGAUCAGCUGGUUCAUUCGUUACCGGUUCCUCAAUAUGUACAGCCGCCUCCCCCCGGAACCCCAGCGGAAAGAACCUCAGAUCGACCUGUUUCCAGACACCCAGGAUGGAGAUUCCAAGCCCGGCCUGGCCAACUAUCUCGACGAGUUCCUCAGUGCAAUCAAGGUCUUCGGGUACCUCGAACGACCGGUCUUUCACGAAUUGACGCGAACAAUGCAGACCAGGAAGCUGAUUGCGGGAGAGACAUUGCUGCUGGAAGAAGAGAAGGGGUUUUGCCUGGUGGUGGAUGGUCUCGUCCAGAUAUUCGUGAAGUCUAUCCGCGAUGGACAGGCCGGUUCCACGUCCAGUGAGUCAAAUAGGACAGAUGAUGACUCGUCCGAUGACGAACGGCAACAUCGGGAGGGUCAUCAGGGAUACCAGCUGUUGACGGAGGUCAAGAAUGGAGCAUCAAUGUCAUCGCUCUUCUCCAUUCUGUCGCUUUUCACAGAGGAUAUCAACCUGCGUCAGUCUGAGAGCGCGGCUUCCAGCGCAUCUAGCCUCGCGCCGGACAGUGCACGUGUUCCGGAGUCGCUGCCAACAAGCCCCGGACCUCUCCUGGGGAGUCCCAAGCCUAUUAUUGGAGAUCGUGCAGAUUCCGCCACUCAUCUGCAGGGUAAUAGGGAUUCUCUGCCUUCUGUGCCUCCAUUGAACUUGGAAGAUAGCCAUGGGUUACAUGCUCAUCCGGUAACACCACAAAGAAAGCCCACCAGGCCGAAGAAGAGAAAAUCUGCCCACCCUGAUAUUGUUGCGCGAGCCAUGGUCGACACCACGAUUGCGAUUAUACCGGCGAGCGCUUUCCGGAGAUUGACUAGGGUUUACCCCAGGGCCACCGCUCAUAUUGUGCAGGUCAUUCUGACCCGUUUGCAGAGAGUUACAUUUUCGACGGCGCAUUCUUACUUAGGUCUGACGAGCGAAGUUCUCAGCAUUGAACGCCAAAUGCAUAAAUUCACAGCAUUUGACCUGCCUAAUGACCUGCGCGGAGCGGCUCUGGAGCGGCUCAAGGACAAGUUCGCCAAGGAAAGAGAUCGCCUAGGCGUGGAAGAAGGCACCAAGGGACUAGCUCUCCACAACCCCUCCGCUGGGAGGAGGCGCCGGUCAAGCAGCUCGCUGAGAAAAGAGGCAGCCCUGCAUGCCAGGUUAGCAGCUUCUAAGCGUCCUGGUUCUUUGUCGCUCGAACCGAGUAUCCAGGGGUCAGAGCAGAACGGAGUGAGCCCGGGAGAUCUCCUUUCUACUAUCCAGCAAUCCCGUUAUGGCCCGAAAUACGAGCAGUUUACUGCGAGAUCACCGGGAAAGGGGCCCGCCUCUCUCUAUGCGGAUAAUAUCCAGACGCCCCUGUCUCAACGCGAGACCUCGCCCUUUCAUGCUGCGACUCUACAGUCCCAUAAUUCGCCUUUCCGCAUGACCGAGACCGUGGACGAAGACACUAUCUUCCGGGAGUCCAUCCUCGAUUGCAUGAUGAAAGGCAUCGGCUUGACUGGUAGCACACGCGAGGCACUACGAAAGGGCCAUAAUUCUGGCGAGGCGUCCCCGAGAUUGGUCUCCUAUGAUUCAAGACGGCAGAAAGCUGUCUUCAACAAUGCUUUUGGAUUCAUCGACCCGUACGAAGGGUUCGGAGAUGGCGACACGGAGUCGAUGAUGUCAAUGUCCGUUACCAGCGCAGGCGGCACCUCUCCUAUCAUGAAUCUCAAGGAGGAACUGAGGCAUGAUAUCGAGAUCGUAUAUUUCCCGCAAGGCUCAGUCUUGGUAGAGCAAGGGGAGCGCAACCCAGGUUUGUAUUAUGUCAUUGACGGCUUCUUGGACGUCGGAGUACCGGUAAACGAGAAAGGCGAGGAUCUUGUCGGGGCCACAAGGCCAAGCAAACACCAAGUGCGCGAGGAUAUGUUCCCGCCCCUUAGGCGGACAGCGACUGCCUCUUCAGGGGUUUCUGGGACCGCUGACCCAAGAAAGAAGAAGCAGUCACGCAAGUCUCUCUACAUGGUCAAGCCUGGUGGGAUGGAAGGAUACAUCGGCGCAGUCGCAUCCUAUCGGUCAUUCACGGAUGUAGUCGCCAAAACGGAUGUCUACGUGGGUUUCCUGCCGCGGGCAUCUUUAGAGAGAGUGGCCGAGAGAUAUCCGAUAGUACUCUUGACUCUGGCCAAGAGGCUGACCAGCCUGCUUCCGCGUUUGAUCCUCCAUAUCGACUUUGCCCUCGAGUGGGUGCAGGUCAACGCUGGUCAAGUCAUUCAUCACCAAGGAGACGAGAGUGAUGCCAUCUAUAUCGUAUUGAAUGGUCGUCUUCGCUCUGUGUUGGAGAAGCCUGAUGGCAAGAUGCGGGUUCUCGGUGAGUAUGGUCAGGGAGAGAGUGUUGGAGAGCUCGAGGUUAUGACGGAGUCUACCCGGCCUGCUACAUUACAUGCCAUCCGAGAUACGGAACUCGCCAAGUUCCCGAGGUCACUCUUCAAUAGCCUUGCGCAAGAACAUCCUGGAAUCACUAUCCAGAUAUCGAAGCUUAUUGCUUCGAGAAUGCGCGAUCUCGUGGAUGAUCCGCUGUCUGAAGCGGCUUCCGAGCCAGCAAGUGCCGGCGGUGUCAAGACUGCCACCUCUACUGUCAAUCUACGAACAGUGGCCAUCCUCCCCGUCACAGCAGGUGUCCCCGUCGUUGAAUUUGGUAACCGGCUGCUUAAUGCAUUGCACCAGAUCGGCGUCAGUAAUGGGGUGACAUCUCUGAACCAAGCAGCUAUUCUGAACCACCUAGGCCGCCAUGCUUUCAGUAAGAUGGGAAAACUCAAGCUCUCCCAAUACCUUGCCGACCUCGAGGAAAAAUAUGGCAUGGUUCUGUAUAUUGCAGAUACCAACGUCAAUGCACCCUGGACCCAGACGUGUAUCACGCAAGCCGAUUGCAUUCUGCUAGUUGGCCUAGCAGAGGGAUCACCGAGUAUUGGAGAAUAUGAGCGGUUCUUACUGGGAAUGAAGACCACGGCACGGAAGGAGCUUGUUCUCCUACACGUGGAACGGUACUGCCCUCCAGGUCUCACUCGCCAAUGGCUAAAGAAUCGAAUGUGGAUCAAUGGCGGUCAUCACCAUAUCCAGAUGGCUUUCCGCCUUACUGCUGAGCCUGCGCAUCCUCAAACCAAGCGCUUCGGUACCGUUCUGAAGCAGAGAGUGCAGGUACUCCAGGCUGAAAUCCAGAAGUACACCUCAAGACGUAUCCGCCAGACACCUCUGUACUCCGCUCAAACACCUUUCAAAGGUGACUUCCAUAGACUUGCCCGUCGCCUGUGCGGAAAAUCUGUUGGUCUCGUCCUGGGAGGUGGAGGAGCAAGAGGCAUAUCACAGGUUGGAGUGAUCAAAGCACUCGAAGAAGCCGGAAUACCCAUUGAUAUUAUUGGCGGUACUUCUAUUGGAUCGUUCAUCGGUGCAUUAUAUGCCAGAGAUGCCGAUGUUGUGCCAAUGUACGGUCGUGCCAAGAAAUUCUCUGGACGUAUGGGUAGUAUCUGGCGAUUUGCGCUCGAUCUUACCUACCCGUCUGUCUCGUACACCACAGGACAUGAAUUUAACCGAGGGAUAUUCAAAACUUUUGGCGAUAGCCAAAUCGAGGACUUCUGGCUGGAAUUUUACUGCAAUACGACCAAUAUCAGCAAAUCUCGUGCAGAGUAUCAUUCCUCGGGAUACGUGUGGCGGUAUGUUCGUGCCUCCAUGUCCCUGGCCGGUCUUUUACCACCGCUGUGUGACGAGGGGAGCAUGCUUCUUGAUGGCGGCUACAUCGACAACUUGACUGUCGCCCACAUGAAAGGUCUUGGUGCAGAUGUUAUUUUCGCUAUCGAUGUCGGAUCGAUCGAUGAUAACACUCCGCAGACGUAUGGAGAUUCACUUUCGGGCUUCUGGGCCUUGAUUAACCGCUGGAACCCUUUUUCGACAGCCCCUAAUCCGCCCACACUUUCUGAGAUCCAGGCUCGGCUGGCAUACGUUUCUUCAAUCGACAAUCUCGAGCGUGCUAAGACCACACCUGGCUGUAUUUAUAUCCGUCCUCCGAUCGACCGGUACGGAACGCUGGAGUUCGGUAAAUUCGACGAGAUCUACCAGGUUGGCUACGCCUAUGGAAAAGAGUACCUGGAGCGGCUGAAGAAUGAAGGCGGUUUACCCGUCCCAGAGGAGACUGAAGAGAAAAAGAAACUGCGGAGGACGAUGGCACCGCGGAGAGCGAGUAUCUGA